AUGUCUGUGCCCCAGAUCCAAAUAGAAGAGGUAGAUGGAGAUGAAGGGUCAGAAGGUGCCGUCCUGCCUCCUGAUGACCACCUCAGGAGCCUGAAGGCCCUCACCGAGAAACUGAGGCUUGAGACGCGCAGACCCUCCUACUUGGAGUGGCAGGCCAAGUUGGAGGAACAGACAUGGACCUUCCCCAAGGCAGCUGCCCAGCAGGACACCAGCCCCGAGCAGAGGCAGUGUGGAGAGGAGACCUCGCUGCUCCCAGGGGAAAGCAGGCAGCAUUCUUCACCUAACGGGAGAGCUGGCCAGGGCCAGAGCCCCCUUGGCACUGGCAAGCUGGAAGGCUUUGAAAGUAUCGAUGCAGCUAUAACCUGGCUCAGGAAGGAACUGACAGAGAUGCGGCUGCAGGACCAGCAGUUGGCCAGACAGCUCAUGCGCCUGCGCAGUGACAUCAACAAGCUCAAGAUUGAGCAGACCUGCCACCUGCACAGGAGAAUGCUCAACGACGCCACCUACGAGCUGGAGGAGCGGGACGAGCUGUCCGACCUUUUCUGCGACUCUCCUCUGGCCUCCUCCUUCAGUCUCUCAACUCCACUCAAGCUCAUUGGCGUCACCAAGAUGAACAUCAACUCCCGAAGAUUCUCUCUCUGCUGA